GCUUCCGCUGCCACGGGCAGCUAAUUUAAGCGCAUUUUGCACCGUGCCGUCUCCAGCAAAGCAUCUGGAGACAUCGCGAGACCUGUGUUUGUUUGUGAUGCCAAGAAAGAGUAGCAGGAGAGAUGAUGGUUGGUACGAUCAGCUGCAGGAAGCGCUCCUGGAGCUACUAACCUGUCGUGACACUGGAGACUUUGAGCAAGACCCUCGACGUCGACCAUGGAACUGGUGGGAGUGUGCAGAAGGUGACUGUGGCCUUGAUGAGCGACGACACCUGGAGCGUGCUUCCGAGGACCGAUGAAAGGACAAGGAAAACAACACGCUAACAACUCUAACAAGGAAAACAGCAGGUGAAACAGUAGUAUUGAGAUGUGCCAUUGAACUUCCAAUUGCCCUUUCGUCGAAUGGACUGCCUUUCAGAUUGGGCAUUUUGGCAGGUUGCGACAUCAGAGUGGUCACAAUUUGAUGUUGUGGAUGAGGCGCCCCCCUUGCUGGUUCCAGUUGCACAACGGCGGCCAAAGCUCAGUGCCCAGGAGGGCUCCGAUGCCAGGCUCCAGCUUUGCAAACCAAGCCCUGCGCCGAAGCUGCCGAACCCGCCUGCAGUGCCUGCGAAAUCAGAGAAGGCCUCGGCUUCACCGCAAUUCGGUCCACGUGUGGAUCACGGAGCGCAACCUGUGGCAGGUCCAGAAAUCUUCAAGAUGGGACCCAAAAGGAUGGGCCCCGCGAUGCUGUGUCCUGCGGUGCCAGCGAAGUUGGGCGAUCACCCGGCACCAUCGUUUCAGGUUGGAAUGAGCUUCAUGGAGCCACUCAGUGGCCUAAGCACUGCGAGCAGCUGUGCCACACGCAAAACCCAAGGUGAUAUGGUUCUACAGGUCCUUUUGCAGGGAGACAGGUGGGUACCCGUGCGUUUUCAUAGGACGGAUGACUUGGAACGACGCGCGAAUGAUUUUUUGGAGGAACACAAGCUUAGCUCUUUGGUAAAAGCGGGGCUCUUGCGCCAACUAAAGCAGAUGGUGACGAUGCGCCAACUGUCGGCAUCGGUGGAUGUCGUGGAUCUUCUGUGACGGAGCUGUUCAAAGAGAUGUGCUGCACCGUUGUGGCUUACGGUGUAGAAACACAUGUGGCUAAUGUAGAAACAUGUAGAAACUUUGACGUCCAGCCAUCAGAGAGGGAGUUUUGCU